AUGGGUCUCAGCUCACGCUUCAGUCCCGUUAAGGACUGCACACCUCAUGAACAAAAUUACACUGUUUUGAACGACGUUUCAGAACUUUGGUGGCAAACAGCCGAUGGGAACAAAGCUGAAUCGAAUAAGCCUAAACAUUCCUUCUUGUCACUGAAACCUCAGAAAUUACUUAGUAGGCAGAGAAAUACUACUGUGGAGACGCAAACUCUUUAUUUCACGGACCUCGAGAGUAAGAAGUGUGGAUUUGUGCAGCUUUUGUUGUCGAGUGUUCUGGGAGGGAUAAGUACGAACAUUCAGCUGAAUUUGAAGCUAUUCGAUUGUGAUAACGAAGGUGAAUUGGGGUCGUGGGAAACCUUCAAAAUCGAUGACGUUACAAAAUUUUCGCAAGAUGGGAUGAAGUCCAGGCAUUCUAGCUUCCAGCUUAUACCUUCUCAAGGCCAAGAAAUUGGAAAUCUUCUUAUUUGUGCCAUCAACUUGAAAUCACAGAAAGGAAGGUACUUGAAUGCAAACUUGUCAACAACACUUAGAACCGGUUUCAAAGUUGAUCCUGAUGGGUCGAGUUUUUAUUCUGACGAAGGUUCUUCGAAGCCGCCUAGAAUUAUGAGACAUGUCUUUGUGCCUCAAGGUCUAUGUACUGGUUCGAUUUGCAUUGAAGGAGGUGGUCAACCAAGAAGCACCGUCAACUUGGAGAAAGUUCCGGCGAUGUUUAUAGAAGCUCUACAAGGUAUAAGUCCCCACAAAGCUGCCAGCUGCUGGAACUUCUCAUGCUUUCAAAACUACGAGAUAGGUGCAGUCUGCAUGGAGUACACCACCACGUCGGAGUUCCAGAAAACUGUAGUGACCGUUACAGGGAUCGCCCGCAAUGGUAAGAUAUCAGCCGUGUACGCGUCAAGUGAAAAUGAAAGCUCUGUGAGUGCUCGGAAACAUGUAAAAUUUCUACAAACUUCGAAAGAUCCGCAAAAUAAAUGGUGCUACCCUAGCUCGAUUUCCUUUCCGUUAGACGGCCCAAACAAUGUAUUAAAGCUUGAUCCUUUGCGCCUAGUCAACAAAUACGACAUACUGGAUGAAUUGCCAGCUAUAAUCAAACGUGUUGUCGAAAGCAUUGCUGGAAUAAAGCCCUUUAUCUACCAAUACUGUCAAAUAGCUGAAUUCGACGGAGAGAGUGGAGUGGCAAUUGCUGAAAGUACCUUCAUUUCCGAAAGCUGA